AUGUACUCUGCCGAUGACGAAAUUUGCGUCACGCAUAAUGUACACUGCUCCUCGCGUAUGAGCAAAAAGUGAAGCGUACUUUCUGCUUAAAUGUUGGCCGUGAACAGGAUGGUGGCGAGCUGCCCGUGCCCUUUGCUCUCAGUUGAGCCCACUCGGGGACUCGUGGACGAAAAGCUCCGGAUCUUCGUGACAAAUUUAAACCCGAACCAGGAGGUGACCCUUCACUGUCUGCAUAAGUCGGAGGACAAGGACUUUUGGGAAGCAUUUGGACACUAUGUGAGCGACGGACAGGGCACUGUGACUGUGGCAAAGGACUCCAGUGUGGGAGGCACGUAUACAGGUGUGGAGUCCAUGGCACUGAUGUGGAGCCUGCAGCCAGUACCAGGCAGCCGAACAGGACUGAGGUUGCGAAAGCGAGAUGUCCUCACACCAAUGGUAUUCCACAUUUCUGUGUAUGAUGGACACAUGGCUCAGGAUUUUAUCCAGCUCACACCGUUAGUGACCAUCGUCAUAGAAAGAUGGUACACGGCUCCAGGUGUGCAGAGGGUCGAUGUACGUGAGAAAGGAGUUCGAGGAACUUUGUUCAUCCCUCCAGGUCCUGGCCCAUUUCCAGGUGUGUUGGACAUGUGGGGAGGAGGAGGAGGCCUGGUGGAGUAUCGAGCUGCGCUGCUGGCCUCACAUGGCUUUGUCGCGUUUGCUCUGGAGUAUCUGACUCCAGAUGAAAUAAAAGACGUUAGUGUAUCUUACUUUGAGAUUGCAUAUCAGAUCAUACAGGAGCAUCCCAUGGUGCUAAGGGACAGAGUGGCUCUGUUGGGCCUCUCAUUCGGUGCUUCUGUUGCUCUUUCUAUGGCUGCUCAGUCCUCUGUCAUCAAGCCCCAGUGUUGUAUAAGCAUCAGCGGCAGUCACGUCACUCCUGUACGUAAUACUAUAUCUGAAGUCUAUGAAGGGUUUUACAGACUGUUUCAUAAAGUGCGUAUGAUGGAUAAUCAGGUCAUCUGGAGAGACAUCAUCUUGCCCAUCCCAACAGAUCCAGCCGAGAAAGUGGAUGUUGGCCUGAUAAGAUGUCCACUGCUUUUGGUUGUUGGUGAUGAUGAUCAGAACUGGGCCACACUGGAGUCAGCUGAAGAUAUGGAGAGAAUAACUGAAAAGGCUGGGAAUCGGCACUUGCUCAAGAUCCUGAUCUAUCCUGGUGCAGGUCACCUAAUUGAGCCACCGUACACUCCACACCACAGAGCCUCCAACUUCAUGGUUGCUGGCAAAGAGAAGGUGAUCAUGCUUUGGGGUGGUCAGACCAGACUGCAUGCAUAUGCACAAGAAGAUUCAUGGGAGAAGAUUUUGGACUUUUUACGCGAACACCUCUGCUAUGCAGGUCCACAGGCCCGACUGUAGUGGUGUGAGAAGUUGUUUUGCUUUGUGUAAUUGAUAAUGAAAAAAAAGAGAAGAAAUCUCAAAAUGUCUGUCACACUUCUUCACUACCACUACAGUAGAACAGAGAGGAGUAUAUGUACAGUGUGAGAAAUAAGUAUUACCCCAGAUACAUUUUUAUAUGUAUUCGUACAGAAAAUGGAUGGAUGGAUAAAAUGCUAAUUUAUAUAUUAGGGGUGUAACAGAGUAUGAACUCAUUAUUAAGACUGAACAGAAAGUGCUCCCUAAAUGAAUAUGUAAAUCAGUAUUGUUUUUGUUUGUUUCUUUGUUUUAAGAAAGUCCUGUACAUUUCAUUGAUUAAAUUGUGCUAUGAGUGCUACAAA